AUGAGCAUGCUGGACGCUAAAUGGAAUACCCUUCAAGAAAGACAUGAACAGAUUUUAGCGAUCAAGACUGCUGCAGACGAAAGCAAGACGUACUUCAAGAAGGAAUUCUUCGAUAAUUUUGAAGAAAUCUACAUUGAUCAGAGGGCAAAGUUCUUGGAUGCUCUAGCCGCACUAGAAGAGCGAGCAGCGCCAGGAACGGAGAGCGACGCACACCCCGAGCGAAAGCCUGCCGUCCGUAAGUUGCCCCCGAUCAGCCUCCCGCAAUUCUCAGGCAAGUACUCAGACUGGUCUUCUUUCAAGGACAUGUUUACUGCGUUCAUGAAGCGUGAUAACGACCUUCAAGAUGUUGAACGGCUAUACUAUUUAAAAAGUUGCCUAUCGGGAGAAGCAGCUGACCUUCUAAAAAACGUUUCCAUAACAGACGAUAAUUAUAAUCGUGCUUGGUCUCGACUUAAAGACCACUACGAAAAUAAGAGAGCCCUCAUUAAUCUAUGUAUGAAUUCGCUUUUGGAGAUUGCCGCAGUUUCACGUGAGUCAUACAAGGCGCUGAAGACGCUCCGAGAUGCAACAGCAGAGGCCAUUGAGAUGCUACAAACUCUUGGACGGCCCGUCGAGCACAUGGACGAUUUCCUCGUCAAUUUGACCGUUCGACGCUUCGACACGAUCACUCAGCGGGACUAG